AUGCUCCAGUUGCCAUCCCGCACUCAAAUGGCGCCGAAGCACAACCUCCAAUACCCCAAGGGGGCUCAAAAUACCUUGAACAGGUAUAGUGAUCGAGGAAGCUACGACCUCGAAAAGGUCCAUAAAAUCGUCAACAGCACUCCUGUUCUCCAUGUCUCCUUCCAGCCUGAUCCCUCCGACCCCUUUCCGGCUAUCCUUCCUAUGAUCGGCCAGAUGGGGUCGUUUGAGCGACCAUCCUCUUCGAUCUCCGACCCUCUCAAUUGCUAUCUUCAUGGCUAUAUCUCCUCACGCAUCAUGAACGUCUCACGCGCUGCCAUCGCCUCUGGCAAGCCCGGCCUCCCCGUCUGCAUCGCUGCUUCAAAGGUCGACGGGCUCGUCCUCUCCCUCACACCCAACAGCCACUCAUACAACUACCGCUCGGCUGUGCUCUUUGGGUACGCGGCUCCAGUCACUGAUACCGAAGAAAAGGAAUGGGCCAUGGAGAUGAUUACGAACAGUGUCGUUCCUCAGCGUUAUGAGAAUACACGAAUCCCACCCAUUCCGGCUGAGAUGCAAAGCACACAGAUUCUACGCGUGACGAUUGAUUCGGCUAGCAGCAAGGUCAGGGACUGGAUUCCAUCGGACUCUGCUGAGGAUAAGGCCAACAAGGAGGUCGUGGAUAAAGUCUGGGUCGGUGUUGUUCCAGUGUAUGAAACCUAUGGAGAGCCGAUUCCCAGCCCGCUCAAUAAAGUUGAGAAAGUUCCCAAGUAUAUAGAGGAGUUCCUGAAGGAAUCUAAUGAAGAGGGUUUGGCAUAUCUCACAGCUGAGAAAUCGAUCUCCCAAGUCACCAUUUACGAGCAACGGGCAACCCCUGGCGGCGUUUGGAAUGCUACCCCAUCCCUCACUUCGCCGUCCUAUUCCAUACCGCAGAUCACUCCUGACACCACUCCGGCGGUGCCGUUGAAAGGAGACGCAAAGGAUGGCCGGGAAGGAUCCUGGGAUUUUCAAAGUGCUGUAUAUGAUUAUCUCGAAGCAAAUAUCCCAAAACCGCUUAUGAAUUAUACGGACCUCAAAUUUCAAGAUGAGACGCCACUCUUUCCUGCACAUGGGACCGUGAAUAAGUAUUUAGACGCGUAUGCGGAUGACAUACGCGGCCAGAUUCGAUUUGGGACUCAGGUCCUUGAUGUCCAACGCCAUCGUCAUAAGGCAGAAGGAGGCGAGAAAGUGACUACGUGGCAUGUGAAGAGCAAAGUUAUCGGCACAGACGAGGAAGAGACCGCUACCUACGACUCGGUUGUGGUGGCAAACGGACAUUACGAUUGUGCUUUCAUUCCUAAUAUCAAGGGUGUAGAAGACUGGCACCGCUCUUACCCUGGCUCACUUAUUCAUUCGAAAAACUAUAAACGGCCUGAGAACUACGAGGGGAAGAAAGUCGUCGUCGUUGGUGCGGGAGUCUCGGGCAUCGAUAUCGCAAACCAAAUAGCACCGCAUGCAAAAUACCCCCUGUUACUCUCUAGACGCGCGGCGAAAGGAUCUUCCUCACCUCUAGCACCCGAGAAGACGUCUAUCGAAGAUGUAUCAGAGAUCGAAGAGUUCAUUGUCGAUAAUCGCACUAUUAGCUUUAUAGACGGCAGGAUAGAGACCAGUGUCGACAAAGUGAUAUUCUGCACCGGGUAUCUAUACUCAUACCCCUUUCUUCAAAACCUGGAGCCGACGGUUGUUACGACGGGCUAUCGGACGGAGAAUCUAUAUUUGCAUAUAUUCUACCACCCGGAACCCACGCUCUCAUUCCUAUGCCUGCCGAUACGUAUCGUUCCAUUCAUUAUUGCCGAGGUGCAAAGUGCACUUGUAGCACACUUUUUGGCUGGACGGCUUGCACUUCCUUCUCUAUCUGAACGGACAGAUUGGGAGGACAGAGUCAUUCAGGGGAAGGGUUUGGGGAAGGCAUUUCACUUCAUGGGAUUUCCGGAGGAUUCUCACUAUAUUGAUGGGUUGGUUAGCAUGAGAGAAAAGGCGGAUGGAGAAGAUGAGGGAUUAGGGAAGAAGGCGCAGAGAUGGGACAGGAAGUCUCUUUGGAUUCGAGAAAACUCCGGGAAGAUAGUGGCAGCUGUUAGAGGGUUAGAUCCUGACGCUAGGGAGAAGAUUAAAACCUUGGAAGACGCGGGUUUCCGUUAUGAGGGAGAUACUAAGUAG